GCUUUGCCGAAUCUCUUACCUUGCCGCCAUUAGCGUAUCCUCCACAUGGGCACGAGUUGCUGCCAUUCCUCUCCAGCCCUACCUCAUUCCUUCUUCGCCCUAAAUCUCAAGAAUUGUUUGUCCUUGAGCUCACCGAAAGCUUCUACACGAGGAGUUCACCAGAUUAGGGCUUUGAAUGUCAAAGUAAUGCAAGAAGACAUGGUUAUGAACAUUCCGCAUGUUUUAAGUGUGGCCGGCUCCGAUUCCGGUGCCGGCGCCGGAAUUCAAGCUGACCUCAAGGCUUGUGCGUCGCGUGGAGUGUACUGUUCUACUGUGAUCACUGCUGUCACCGCACAAAACACUGCUGGCGUUCAGGGUGUUCAUACUGUGCCGGAGGAGUUUGUUGCAAAGCAGUUAAAGUCCGUGCUCUCCGAUAUGGAUGUCGAUGUUGUGAAAACAGGCAUGCUUCCUUCAAUUAACAUAGUGAAGGUUCUUUGUCAAAGUCUGAAGCAGUUCCCAGUACGAGCUUUAGUGGUUGAUCCUGUCAUGGUGUCUACAAGUGGAGAUGUACUAGCCGGUCCUUCCAUUCUUGAUAUUUUUAGAGAACAGCUUCUGCCCAUGGCUGAUAUAGUAACUCCGAAUCUGAAAGAGGCAUCUGCUUUACUCGGUGGCUUGCAAUUGAAAACAGUUGAUGACAUGUGUUCUGCUGUGAAGUCUAUACAUGACAUUGGCCCACGAAAUGUACUUUUGAAAGGAGGUGAUCUCCCUGCUUCAUUGGAUGCUGUUGAUGUUUUCUUUGAUGGUGAGAAUAUCUUUGAGCUGUGUUUCCCACGCAUAAAAACUCAAAAUACUCAUGGAACUGGUUGCACUUUGGCUUCAUGUAUAGCAGCUGAGCUCGCGAAAGGUUCUCCAAUGCUAUCAGCUGUUAAGGUUGCCAAACGUUAUGUCCAGACUGCCUUGGAUUACAGUAAGGACAUUGUUAUUGGAAAUGGGAUUCAAGGUCCUUUUGACCACCUCUUUAAGCUUAAGAGUAUUGCCCUGAAUUCAUUUAGACAAUGGGCAUUCGAUCCAAGUGUUCUUUUCUUGUAUGCUGUUACUGAUUCGGGGAUGAAUAAGAGGUGGGGUCGUUCCAUCACUGAUGCUGUGGAAGCUGCCAUACAAGGAGGUGCUACCAUUGUUCAGCUGAGGGAAAAGGAUAUUGAAACGGGGGAAUUUCUGGAAGCAGCCAAAGCAUGUCUCAAAAUUUGUCAUCUCCAUGGUGUACCUGUGUUGAUAAAUGACAGAGUCGAUGUUGCCCUUGCUUGUGAUGCUGAUGGUGUGCAUGUUGGCCAAUCUGACAUGCCUGCUCGUAUGGCCCGCACUCUUCUUGGGCCUGAAAAGAUCAUUGGUGUAUCGUGCAAGACCCCAGAGCAAGCUCGGCAAGCAUGGAUUGAUGGUGCCGACUACAUUGGUUGUGGCGGUGUAUACCCAACCAAUACAAAAGCUAACAAUCGAACCAUUGGUUUGGAAGGGCUGAAAACUGUAUGUUUGGCUUCCAAGUUACCAGUAGUUGCCAUAGGCGGGAUUGGUGUUUCAAAUGCACGGUCUGUGAUGGAACUAGAUCUCCCAAAUGUGAAAGGUGUUGCAGUUGUAUCCGCUCUGUUUAAUAGGGAAUGCGUUCUGGCAGAGACCAGGAAGUUGCGAACAGUGCUAAGGGAGAAGCCUGCUGGGAGAAAAUGAUACGGAUGUUGAAGAUGAACUUUCUUAAUCAUCAAUGUAACACGAAUACUGCAAUCACUGUAAGGACUCUGCAGCUGUAGCCUUGCUUGUUAUUAAGUUUUCUGCAAGCGGUUCAAAAAAAAA